UUGGACUUUUUUAAUGAAGGACUCGAUUCAUUAUGUGAUGAUUUGAAAGGUUAUUUGGAUUCUUUAACCGUUUCAAAUACUAUAAGGAACUUGCAUCCAUCAUUUAACAGGAAUUUGAGCUCACUGUUCGCAAACUCUGAAAAUACAACUACACUAUCGCACACAGACUUAUCAAACCAUCGAUCUAAAUCGGAUGAUUCUAAUGGGAAUUUACCAGUAUCGCACUUAGAAGAGACAUUAAAUGAUCAGUCACUAUCAAAUUUACACGGAAAACAUGUGACAUCUGAGACCAUAUCUAAUGUUAACACACUGAAUGGCUCCAGCACUAUCAACGAUCACGCGAGUUUCUAUAAUAAAUUGUCGUUAUUGUGUAACAAUAAAAGAUAUAAACUGGAGAAUGAGGUAAUAAGCACACUGCUGAAGCACGAAAAGGAGCUGUCGGAGUUCUCAAUAGACCUGAACCACUCAAAUUCGACACUGGAGCUGAUAGAAAGGGCGUUAUCGAACCAGUAUAAGAUGUUGGAAGUAUCGUGUACGAACAUAAAGAAGUUGCACGACGAAUCGAAGGAUAUAUCGCACGGACUGGAAAAUAGGAAGAAGUUGGUGGAGAAGCUGCAGGAGUUUGUAAAGGAUGUAAUAAUAACGCCAGCAAUGAUAAGGUCGCUGUGCGGAGACGCAAUAAACGAAGAAUACGUAGGAUUGGUGGAGGAGUUUGAAAAGAAAGUGGAAAGAAUAAAGACAAAAUACAGAGAUAAGGAGUAUCCAGCAGUGGAGUUCACAAAAAUACAAAUAAAGAAGCUGGAACUGGUGUUGAUCAGAAGAAUAUUCGACUUCCUGUCGAUGGAGAUAAGUAACCUGGCAGUGCCGAAGGUGAACAUACAGCUGAUGCAAAUGACGAGGUUCAGUAGCUACAGGCCGCUCUACAAGUACCUGACGAACUUCCCAGACUACACGAAUGACCUGAAGAAGUUAUACGUGUACACGAUGAAGAAGACGUACUCGCACCUGUUCGAAAACUAUUUGAAUUCGCUGGAAAGCUGCUUUGAGAAGGAGAGGUGCAGAGACACGUCGUACAUACUGAAGGUGAGGACGCCGGAAGUGGUGAAGAGAUUGAAUAAGACGAUCAGCUACUACGACCUGGACGGGAGAGACAAAAUACUGGACGAUUUCAACUCGCAGCCGAUGCUGCCAACAGGCUUGAAGCCAGGUUCAAUCAAAAAGGAGCUGAUAGUAAAGUCGUACUUUAAGCUGCUGGUGGACACGUGCGCAACGGAGUUGGGGUUUUUGAGGUCGUUCUUCGGAACAAGUUUUACAACUACGAAUACCACUGGGCCAAGUACUACAACAGCGAAUGUGAACAGACCAGAAAGGGCGAUGCUGAAAGAAAUGUUCAGUGAAGUUUUUGAAGUGAUAUCAUUUAACAUGAAGACGUACUUCAGAGGAAGUUUCGACUUCGUGGCGCUGGGACUCAUAUACUCAGUGCUGAGGUUUAAUAGGAGGACGCUGUUGCAUAAGAAGAUAACCUUCUUCGAGUCGGAAAUGUACGAACUGGAAACGCUGGCGUACGAAAGAAGCAGCUACAUUCUGAAGGAAGUGCACGGGCUCAUAGUGAAGGCGACGAGGAACCCGCAGAUAACGACGAUCUUCACGUGGACGCCAGCACCGUUUGUAGUCAACGCGUCGCACAUACUGAUGGUGAUCCUGAGAAUCAACGAGUACACGAACAGGUUCAACAGUCACCUGGUGCAGUUGCUGGAGGCGUUAAGAGACAUGAUAGACAGGUGCUCCAAAAGACUGGACCCGAACAAGAACGCAGUCUUUGUGAUAAACAACACAGCACCGCUGGUGGAGGUGCUGGACAGGGUGUCGAACACGGCGGACUACACGACCGAGACAUUUAAUUUGGAAGCAUAUUCAGCAUGGAUGAAGCUAGAGUUGGACUCAAAUUUGGCUUUUUACUCUAAUUAUUUGUUAACUGAGUUUGUGUCGGACUUGAUAAAUUUAAUGAGUCGGAAGGAAGACGAGGAUGAAGAGGUGGAUGUAACACCGAAAAAGACACUCACACUGGCAACUGAGGCACUGGAAUAUAGAACAAUAUGUAUGGAGUUUAUAGAAAACUACAACGAAAGAAUCGUCCUAAUUAAGAAUCUGGUAAUGCAAGCAUUUCCGUACGGUCCAACAACAACACUAGUGAAUAAAAACGUCUUCGACUCAUUCCAUAAAAUAUAUGAGAAGUUUUACAAAGUCAUAAUGGAAAUGUUUAAGGAGUCGCCGUCAGACUGGCUGGCGAAAAUGCCGAAUCCAUCUGAAUUUAAAAACUAG